UGCUAUUUUGGCAAACUUUACAUCAACUUCCUUUCCUUUACUCUGCUAGCAUAAAAAUUGACUAGUUAGCUAAACCAGCCCUUUGAAAGCGUGGUGUUAUUAAUAUUAUGAGUUGUGCAAGUGCUGCAGUCUAGCUAACGCACCACAGAAAACUGAACAAGAUGAAUAUACGAAACGCCAGGCCGGAGGACCUUAUGAACAUGCAGCACUGUAACCUUCUGUGUCUGCCAGAAAACUACCAAAUGAAAUACUACUUUUACCAUGGAUUGUCCUGGCCCCAGUUAUCAUACAUCGCCGAGGAUGAAAAUGGAAAAAUUGUGGGUUACGUGCUGGCAAAGAUGGAGGAAGAUCCGGAUGAUGUGCCUCAUGGACACAUCACAUCGCUGGCGGUGAAGCGCUCCCAUCGACGUCUAGGUCUGGCUCAGAAGCUGAUGGACCAGGCCAGUCGCGCCAUGAUUGAGAACUUCAACGCCAAAUACGUCUCGCUUCACGUACGCAAAAGCAACCGAGCGGCCCUACAUCUCUACUCAAACACACUCAAGUUCCAGAUCAGUGAAGUAGAACCCAAGUACUACGCAGAUGGGGAGGACGCCUACGCCAUGAAGAGGGACCUGGCCCAUAUGGCAGAUGAGCUGAGAAAGCCUGGUCCCCGUGUGCCGGCUCAGGAGGCGCCUUCCGGUUCCGGUGACCCAGAGAGAGAAAACGAAAGAGACAGCGGCGGCGAGAGCAAAGAGCUGAGCGAAGUCAGCGAGGCCACCGAGAGCACGGAUGUCAAAGAUUCCUCCUCGGAUUCGCAAUGACGCUUGUAGGCUUUUUUUUUUGGUUUGGUUUUUUAAAGGAAAUAAUAGAAAAGAAUAAAUUCCUUUUUAAUGCCCCGCCCGCCCGCCCCUCCCUCGACAAUGCGCUCACAAUCAUGACGAGAUGAUGACACCAAUUUUUUUUUGCGAUACACUCUGGUCUGCCCAUGUAACACACUGAAGCUAAUAAAUAUAAUACAGUACAUCACUAGUGCAAUAAUUAGAAUAAACGUUUUGGGAAAUGAA